AUGCUCCAGCUGAUCCCGCAAGGCCUGUCGGUGCUCUUGGCCCGACAGGCUGAGAACGGAGCCGCUGCCACUGCGCUCCCUCCUCAGUCACUGGACCUGUCCAGCUACCCGACGACGGGCCUCCAACAGUUCGCCCUGUUUCUCAUCAUCUUCUUCCCGGCCGUGUCGCUCGUGCUUGUCGGCCUCCGCGUCUACGACCGCGCCACGACCAAGACUUUCGGGAUUGAUGAUGGCUUCAUCGUUGCCGCCACGAUCCUGGCAGUCGCCGAGGCAGUCUUCUCUUACGCCAUGGUGAAGCUGCAGUACCUCGGCCUCCAUGUUUGGCAGCUCCCGACAACUCCGUACGAUCCCACAGCCAGCUUGGUCGUGAAUUACAUCGUCGUCAUGCUCUACAACCCGGAGCUGGGACUGGUCAAAUCAUCGGUGCUCUUCUUCUUGCUCAGGCUUGGCGGGCACCAGCGCUUCCUCCGACGGCUGAUUCAUGCCCUGAACUGGUCCAACAUCGCUCUGCUGAUUGCAGUGCUGUUCGCCUCCAUCUUCACCUGCGUACCGAUCAAUAAGUAUUGGACCCCCUCUCUCCCGGGACAUUGCAACAACGAGAGCCUCCAAUACCUGAUCACCUCGGGCUUGACUGUCCUAACGGAUGUCCUCGUGCUGGCUAUCCCCGUCAAGAUCGUCGUUGGUCUCCAGAUUGCGAAAAAGCUCAAAGUCAUCCUCAUCUGUCUUUUGUGUUCCGGUAUCAUUGUGACCGUGUUCAGCAUACUGCGGAUGCGCGCCCUCUAUCGGCUCUACUACCCCCCUGCCGACCCCGGCCCAGACCCGACGUACGACAUCAGCUUCGUCUACUCCACGAUCGAAUGCAACCUGGCCAUCAUCACCGCGACUAUUCCACCCCUGCACGGGCUGAUGAGGAAGUGGUUCCCGCGCUUCUUCCGCGGCGCCUCGGGCAAUAGCUCAAACCGGUACCGGCAAGGCUACACCGGCGCUUCGGGCGCUCUAAAUACCAUCGGAGGAGGGGCAAUGGCUCUCAAGGAUCUCACGAGCCCCACGCGGUCACAGCGCGCUCGGCAGUCUCGGCUCAACAGCCUCUCGAACAGCGAAGAGGACAUCUUGGAGAAACCAUUACAAUAA